CUUAUAAGUUAUGCCUUCUCCCUACUCUUUCCUUCCUGUAACGCGAAUCUCUUAAAAAAAGAUCGUCGGAACGAUUCUGCUUUCCUGCUUCCCAAGGUCGUCCUCUAUACCCUGCGAGAUUGCAUCAUUCAGUAUCGCCGUUCUUGCUUUCGACCUUCAAAUCCUCAAGUUAGUGUGCUUUCAUCUCGAAAUUUUUGCUUGGUUGAACUCAAUUUUGAGUUGAGUGCUGCUUCGAGAUCUCUCGAGGGUGAUACCUGCUUCUGUUACUGAAUCUCUGUAACAAUGUUCUUUGAAGGAUAUGGAUACCAUGGAACAUCGUUUGAACAGACAUACCAUUGCUACCCUGCUUCUUUUAUUGAUAAGCCUCAGUUGGAAAGUGGCGACAAGAUUAUAAUGCCUCCCUCAGCCCUUGACCGUCUUGCAUCCCUUCAUAUUGAUUAUCCAAUGUUGUUUGAGCUUCGGAAUGCUGCUGCUGAGCGGGUUUCACAUUGCGGUGUGCUGGAGUUCAUCGCUGAAGAAGGCAUGAUAUACAUGCCAUAUUGGAUGAUGGAAAACAUGCUGUUACAAGAAGGAGACACUGUGCGGGUGAAAAACGUGACACUUCCAAAAGGGACAUAUGUAAAAUUGCAGCCUCACACAAAGGACUUCUUAGAUAUCUCCAACCCAAAAGCCAUCUUGGAGACUACAUUGAGGAAUUUCUCCUGCUUAACCACUGGGGAUAGUAUCAUGGUAGCCUAUAACAAUAAGAAGUAUUACAUAGAUAUCAUAGAAUCAAAGCCUUCUAAUGCGAUAAGUAUCAUUGAGACAGAUUGUGAGGUGGACUUUGCACCCCCUCUUGAUUAUAAGGAACCCGAAAGACUGGCGCCAUCAGUGCCUACAAGCAAGGCUCCUGCUCCAGUUGAAGAGGCUGUGCCAGAACCAAAGUUCAACCCAUUUACUGGUGCUGGGAGACGCUUGGAUGGCAAGCCCUUGAAGAAUCAGCCACCUCCAGUUUCAUCCCCCACAUCCAAAAACAAACAGGUAGGGGCAGCCAACAGUGGACCUCCAGCAGUGUCUACUUCACAAAGUACUCGUCAACCCCAGGGAAAGCUUGUGUUUGGAUCAACUGUGAAUCAUGGUCAAAAAGAAACCCAAAAACAAUCUUCGAAGGACACAAAGCAAGAGCAGGUCCCAAAGAAAGAAGAUCCAAAGUUUCAAGCAUUCACAGGGAAGAAGUAUUCAUUGAAGGGGUGACCUGAUCCUCACUUGUUGGUAUAAUGCACCCCUUCCUUUUGCUUCACUUCUCAUCACGUGGAUUAGGAAAUACAAAUGUUUUGUAUUAUAAACAAGAUAGUAAAUUAUGUGUUCAGUUCAAUAGAAAAAAAUUUGCACUGGUAAAAUGCUCAGGAACUUAAAUAUGUCUCAAAUGGAAUUUGCCGGUUGGAAAAUAUUUAUUAAUAUAGAAAAGGAUAAAAUAAGUGUAAUAUGAUUGGGCCUUCGUUUCCGGCA